UUGGUCUGUACACUUUACACUUGGAAGUUGAAAAGGAAAAAUUAAAAAAAAGACGUGUCAAUAUAGCAGGAGAUUGUAAUUCUAAAAUACACACAAAACCUUGAGAUUCUGCAUUAUGAUCCACGACAACACAAAAGAAAUGAAGAGAAGAUCGUUGCGGCUGAUCCAAUCCCAACACAAAAAUCGCAAUCGUAAUAAGAAUAAGCAAUUGCAGAUUGUGGGCUCAUCGCCCUUCAAUUUGCCUGAUGACUGGCUUGUUGAGAAACGCCGCCGUAGAACUUCUGGUCGUUACGACAAGUAUUACUAUGAGCCUGGCAGCGAACAACAAUUUCGUUCCCUUUUAUCCGUUCAGAAAUAUCUAAGUGGAGAGAUAUAUUUUGCACCAAAGAGACGGAAAUCAAGCAAUGAAACAAAUAUGCAAAUUGUUCCCCGGAGCUGCUCGUCUUUCAAUCUGCCAGAUGGCUGGAUUAUUAAAGAAAAGCGACGGAGUAAUGUCAAUUAUGCAGGUGUUAUUGACAGGUAUUUCUAUGAGCCUGGCAGUGAACAAAAAUUCCGUUCCCUUUUAUCCGUUCAGAAAUAUCUAAGUGGAGAGAUAAAUUCUGCUCCAAAGAGACUGAAAUCAAGCAAUGAAACAAAUAUGCAAAGUGUUCCCCGGAGCUGCUCAUCUUUUAAUUUGCCAGAUGGCUGGAUUAUUGAAGAAAAGCCAAGGAGUAAUGUCGAUUAUGCAGGUGUUAUUGACAGGUGCUACAUUGAGCCAGAGACUGGGAAGCGGUUUCGUUCUCUGAUCUCUGUUCAGAGAUAUCUUGCAAAAGGAAAAGAGUAUGCAGCUGCUCCAAAACCACUAAAACUAGCUGACAAUGUACUAUACCUCACAGAUGGGAGAGAACUUGCAGCUAUGAACAAUGUGCUAAAAUUGAGAGAAAAUGCUAAUUUUGAAACUUCAGUUCCGAAUAAUGGCAACCCACCCGCCAAAAUAAAAUGGGUUCUGAGUCCUUGUAAAAUUUCUUGGAGUGCUUUCAUGGAUGACUCUCUGGUUCCGGAUUCUGAAGUAAAUAAAUGGUCUGAGACGUUCUUACGGAUCUUCAGUGACAGCUAAUAGAAGGCUCAAGGUAUAUAUUUUGUUCAUAUUAAUGGUUUAGUUUUGUAAUACCUAUCAAAUGCUAUGAAUUAAAUCUGAUGUUGAUAUGUAAUAACUUUGCAACGUAUAAUAAUAUUAUAAGAUUGUGUAA